UUCUUUGGAAGCCAACUGAGCGAUAUAGAAGACUACUAAACUGACAAGAUGAAGGCUGUCUUUGUUGCACUUUGUUUGAUUGUAGCUGUAGUAGCUGAGGACAGAGAGCGUCGAUUCUUGGUCAAUCGUUGCUCCGCGGAGUCUGACUGUGGUGCUAACAAGUGCUGCCUGUUCAACAAAGUCUGCUCACCCAAGCUUCCUAAGUACUCUACCUGCCAUCUUACGAGUUUAACAAACUGUGGAUGUGCUGAUGGUCUUGAAUGUCGCGUCACCAAAGAGUUUGAAGUGCUGGGACAGAAAGUUCAGCUUCGUCAGUGUAUGACCAUCGGAGAGCAAAGCGUAGUGGAAAAAAUUGAAAAUGAAGAACUCAAGGAAUUGUCCCAGACCAGGAAGAGGAGGUUCCUUAUUGAUACUUGUGCUUCCGAGUCAGACUGUGGUGAUGGAAGAUGCUGCUUGUUCGAUAAAAUAUGCGCCAAGAAGAUCCCUCAGGACAUGACGUGUUAUUUGCAGCACAAACACAAGUGCGGCUGCGCUGAUGGUUUGGAGUGUCGCGUUACCACUACCAUCGUCCUGCCAAUCAGUGGAACGAGAAUACCCAUCAGGCAAUGCGUACCCCCCAGUGCCUAGUGCCCUCCCAUCUAACUAUGGUCUCUCCAUUGUAACAAGGGAUCAUUACUGAUCGUCAUUACUGUUAAACCUUAUAGACUUAGAUGUAAGACAUUAAAAUUGAUCUAAAACCAAA